AAUGAGCUAAGUUUUUUUCAUAAAUUAAAAAACAUUGGGAAAUAUGCAUCGUAGUGUUUUUCAAAUUGUAAGGAAUGGAGUCUGACAUAUUUUUUUCCUUCAUUUUACAUUCUGGCUUUUUAUACCUUUAUAUUGUUCAUGAAGGCACUAUUGCUGGAACAGUUUCUACAGCAGACUUUCUGACAGCUACUAUUGGAGGCUCUGUUGACUUCACAUGUACAUAUACACUGGACUCCGGUGAUAUAGUCUACCCAGGAGCUAUUUCUUUGCAAGUUAAAACAGGCCCGGGACCAGAGGAGUUUACAAGUAUUGCCUAUUUUUCUCCCUCUGGUUCAAGUGGAUCUAAUUCCUUUACACAGUUUGCCAUAAAUUACAAGAAUCGAUCUGAAUUAUUCAAUGUAACAGCUAAUGGAGCUAGUGCUUAUGUUACUGUAAUGAGAGUAAAUGAGGUGAUAUGUUCAGAUGAGAAACACUAUAGGUGUUCUGUUUUAUUUACUAACGCUGGUUCCGGUCCAAUAACUAAGACACAAGAAACAUCUCUCACAGUUAGAGCACCUGCUGAGCAGCCUUAUGACAUUCCAUUUCCAGUACCAGACAAUAUAGAAGAGAACAUGGAAGUGACUUUGUCCUGUACAGCCAAUGUUGGAAAACCUCCAGGACAAAUAAGAUGGUGGCGUUACAGGAAUGGUAUAAUAGCUCCACAGGAAAUGACAGGGGUGUCUUCUAGCACCCCACCAAUUCAGGAAGGUGUGUGUGUCUACAACGUAACCAGCACGGUAACAUACAGGAUGACGAAGGAUGAUGACCAGUCGGUGUGGAGAUGUUUCGUGGAAAAUGAACUUUUAACAAUGCCAGACCGAGACAAGCCUUUCCAAGAAUCUAAGAGGGUUAAUGUGUAUUUUAAAGUCAAUGUUCCCAUAAUAAGGAAGGUACCGGACCCUGGUGCUGACUCCCAGUAUUUUAUUGGCUCCUCUGUGACCUUGAUCUGUGAAGCUGAAGGUAAUCCAACACCUGGGAUCCACUCAAAUACGAUUGUUAACAGGUAUCUAUGGACAUUCAAGUCAAGCCCCAGUGACAAUGCUAGAGAGUUAUCAUCCAGCAAUGGGACACUAACUCUGACCAAUCUUCAGGAAAGUUAUACAGGGAUUUACACUUGUACUGCAUUCAAUGGAUUCAAUGGGAAAUUCUUUAACGCAUCUAAUAGCGUAAAGUUACACAUUGUAAAAACAACGACCACUAUCUUCACCGCCACAUCUUCUACUACAUCUUCUGAAAGAACAUCUAAACUUUUCACCACUACACCACAGGAAGGGAUGGCAUGCUACUCAGAUAGCCAUUGUGAAGAUUCUACCUAUCAUUGCUGUAAGGGGACUAUUUACUGCUGUCCGCUGGGAACAAUCUGCACUGGAACCAUCAACUGUAUCAGUAUCGGAACAGUUGCUGGGUCCCUUGUUGGUGGAGUUGUUUUAAUUAUUAGCUGCAUCGUCUGUUGUGUAUGUUACCGUCGCCGAAAACACAAAUUGCCUGCUUCGACAGUUAUAAUUAAUUAUGGACAGCAACAAAUAAGAAUUAACCACGAACAACGAUCCUUCGGACAAUAUUCAGGACAACUUUCUGGACAACCUCACCUAUACAGACAAGGUAAUGGUUCACCACCGGGAUACUGCAGAUAAUAUUGAGCCAAACAGAUCACCACAUGUCAAAGAAAAGAAUUGAAAGUAUUUGUCUGAGGAAAACAAGACCUAUUCCAAUAUUCCAGGAAUAAUUCAUUUCAGUUCAAGUUGCAAAUUUUGUAUUCCUUGAUGAGAAUAAAUGAAAACAAAGUUGAAAAAUAUUUUCGGUUUUUUGACAUUGUAUGCUUGCACGUGAUUAUAGUAUUAAUUAUUUAGUACCAGUACUUAAUAAAAGCCCAAACG